AUGAGCUCGCACUUCCCGGAACGGACAGCCAAAGGUCUAUGCGCCCGUCACCAGAAGCUGGCCAACGAGGGCGACAACAGUGUCUUCACCGCUGACCAACGCGCACAGCUACAGCAUCUGCGUAACGAGGAGCGUCACACGUGGGUCGAAGUCGCGAUGCGUAUGCCGAAUCGUACCCCCCAACAAUUGAGCAGCUACUAUUGCAGGAAGACGCCGCUGAAGGACAGAGUGAACGUUGAGCCUCGGUACCACCACAGUAAGGAGACCUUGGACAGGGCUCUACGCUUGCGUCAAGAAGGUGUACCACUCAGCGACAUCGCUCGCCGAUUGUCCAUUGUCUCGACUCGGGCGAUCCGCAGCCUGCUGUCGACCGCCCAGUCCGGUGUGCUGAGACAAAUAUUAAGCGCACGUGAGCCAUGUACGCGUAGAUACACGGCAGAAGAGGAUCUCGCACUAGUGCAGCUGAAAGCUGUCACGAGUGCCUGGGAUGAUAUCGUCUUACACUUCCAGGAGCGAAGUGCCAGCUCCUUGCGUAAUCGCUUUCAGAGGUUGAAAGAGCAAGGCGAUAUUGUCAAGGGUUUUGACGGCACAUGGAAAUUUCUGGACAACGCCUGA